UGCGUAACGCGUCUUAUAAAUGCCUCAGUUCCGGGUAAUAAAGGCAGAUCAGGGUAGAGUCGUGGGAUUGUGACUAUGGGCGACGACGCGCUGGAGUUAAAGACUAUUGUUGUCGGUUACAACAAUAACGUCGCCACUGACCAAAGCACCGAGGUGACUCCAGCAAAUGGAGCUUGCUCAGACCACGCAAAAUCAGGAGCAAAUGAAGUGUCUCAUCUUCUAUCAGUGCCACAGGUCUCUGACAACAACAGGGAACAGCACAAUGUGGAUGGAGAUGCUAUUGAUGAUGAGUCUGUAAGCAGAAUAUUUACCUCAGAGUGUCAGAGGGAGCUGCAGAGGAUCAAGAGAGAGCUCAGUGAGGUGGUGGUGUGGAACCUCAAACUUUGGAUGGUGGUUCUUAUCAUUUUCCUUGUUAUUGUUCUGAUCAUUGGGAUCUCUCUCAUUGUUUGUACAGUUGGUCAUGACGAUGAGGACGAAAAAUAUGACAAAUCAUCAUUUGUGGUGGAGCGCUUCUUCAGAGGGAAUUUUACUCUGGACAGCAACAGUUUCACUUCACACCCUCUGAACCAACUCAAUGAGACAGACAAACUGUUAGAACAACUUAAACAACAGAUCUGGCGAGUGGCUGUCUGAUUGACAUGUGAAAACAACCAAUCAUAGGUCACCUGCACACGUGAUGUUCAGAGGCACAUAAAAACCUGGGGGAGGGGCUCUGAACACCAAAAUAAACCAACAUGCUAGAGAGCGCUUGCUGUCUCUGAAACAUCACAAAGACAGCAAGAAAUAAAUUGGAACCUCAUUUACUUGACCUCAAGCAAAACUUCUGAAUAUAUUUCGUUCCAUGAACUUCGGAACUUUGCCAGAUACGCUACUAAUUGUUCUCUGGUACAGACCGUUUGACACAAGACUGGUGUGAUUCCAGUCCAUGCUGCUGAUACAGAAAAUGCUGAGGAGAUGUUUGUGUAGUUACAGCUGAAUGUAUCGACAAAGGAACAGUUAUGGCACAUUUAAUACAUUCCAGCAAAUGCUGCAGUAUGCUUUGUUUUUGUGAAUUUGACGAAUAAAAUUUUUAAAUUUGGUGGUAUUAUUUUGAGCAUGCGUAAAUUCUGAUCAAGUGUCAUCAAAUGCAGGCUUUCACUAUAAGGUUGUACUUGUUGCAUCAUGAACAAACAGAAAACAAUAUUUUUGGUAACAUUUUACAAUAAGGUUCCUUUUUGUUAACAUUGGUUAAUGCAUUAGGUAUCAUGAACUAUAUAUUUUUCUGCAUUUAUUAAUCUGAGGUAAAUCAUUAAUAAAAAUACAAUUGUUCAUUGUUUGUUCACGUUAGUUCAUACUGCAUUAACUAAUGUUAACGUAUACAACUUUUAAUUUAAAAAUGUAUUAGUAUAUGUUGAAAUUAACAUUGGCCAAUGCCAGAUGCCAAUGCUGUAUUGUUUAUUGUUACUUCAUGUUUACUAAUGUAGUCAACAUGUGUUAACAAAUGGAACCUUAUUGUAAAGCGUUACCAUUUUUUUAUAGCAUUUAUGAAUCUUGGUAAAUGUUAAUUUAUAAAUCUACAUUUGUUCAUUCUAGUUCAUUUUAGUUCAUAAUGCAUUAAUGUGUACAUAUAUUAACAUAAUUUUUAAUGUUAGAAAUGUACUUGUAUAUAUUGAAAUUAACAUUAACAUUAACUAAAAUAAAUAUGUGCUGUAAGUGUUGUUCACUGUUUAUAAUAACUAAUGUAGUUAGCUAAUGUUAAAUGCAAUCUUGUUGUAAAGUAUUACAGAUAUUUUGUGGUGUUAUAAUGUUUGAAAACUAAAACUAUACUAAGACUAAAUAAAAACUAAAAAGAGAAAUUUUCAAAAAAUAAAAUAAAAAAUGCCAUUUACACGCCGUUAAAACUAAAUAAACUAAACAAAAAUUUAAACACAAAAUAAUGCUUUGCAGUGAAAUGAACAAUGUUUAUUCAUGCAUAUACACAAUGAGCCCUACACAGCGCAAUCUUUUAAAAUAGCCUAAUACAAUUUUUCAAGGAAGUCGUGGCCUCCUGCAAUACACACGUAUAGCAGCCGAUACUUUGGAAAGGCGCAUCAGAAUCAAUCUCGCUUUCAAUCACUUUUGCAGUCCUGCGUUUCUCAUCAGAGCGAAUUGUAGCCUAUAUUUAGUAUUUUCUAAUACCUUUCUUACAACAUUAUAAAUGAUAAUGCUCUUGAGAUACUGUAUGAUGAUCUCACAAAUAAUGCAGCUGGUGGAUAUUGUGAGAAGUGCAACACAUGUAUUUUAAUUCUAAGAAGCCCGUCUGUGGUAUGCUGGGUAAUUUCACAUGAUGGAUUGCCUGAAGGCGCAUAAAAAACCAAUCUGCAGCUAAACAGAUGUCCUCCAAACACACCCUUCGCCCAAGCCUAGGAGGAAGCCAUGCUCCUGGUCAAAUGAUCCUUAAACCCCCAUGAGACACUGUAGGUCCUGUGAAUAAGCAAGUGAAAUGGAGUUGACAACCCAGUGAGAAAGCCUUUGCUUGGCCAAAAUCUUUAAACGGCCUCCAAAGCAGACAAAGGGCUGAUCUGUCAGCCUGAAUUGAAUCGUACAGUCACUGUACAUUUGUGAAACGCCAUUUUGAAAAAGGUGUUGUUAAGCAAAAGGCUCUUUUUUUUUCAUGCUUUACACUGAAAUAAAACACACAACAACAAUCACAAUAUCAAUAGUGUUUCAAACAUGAAAGUGAUUAAGGUUACGUUGUUCAUCAGAGAACAAACAGCUCGCUGUUGCUGGGCCUCAUGUAUUCAGAUAGAAGACAAAGGCAGGCCUAAUACAGUCAUAAAAACCUAACUCAAGCCCCCACCUUCCAAGUCGUAAAUCUUACUGAUAAAAAUCGUGCCAAAAUCAAACAAAGGGAGUCCAAAACAGACUACAAAUCCAUGAAGCCUUGCUCACUAAAGGAUCGAACUCUCAACUCCUAUUGGAUGAGGCACACAACACAACGUCCCUCAAACAUGACAUCAUCAGGAGUUGAAAUACCUCUGAAAUGCUUCCAGAGUGGCUUCCAGCAACUUUGUUCACCGAAUAUAGACGUAGCUCUUUGCUGCUCUCAGGUGCAACCUUGUGGCACAAAGAAGUUACAUCCGACUUGAAACUGUAGCCAUACAAUCUCCAUCUCGCUGGACGAGUUGAUAUUUCUCUGUGUUCAACCGAACACUCUAACGGAUCCGAAGGAGACCGCCGAGCAAUUCGCAUCUUCAUCCGUUUGCCUACAGAAGUGAAGAGAUUAAAGAUUUCUCUUCCAUCUUCAAUCAAGUCGACAUUUCUGAGUUCUCCGCCAGCCCGCCGAGAAUCAACAGCCGUACCGCCCGCUGACAGAGCGAGGAAACGGCCUUCUGUCAUCAUAUGAGCCUCAAGGAACCGGGUCAGAGUUAAAGGACGGAGGAAAACACAUUCUACCUGUGUCCUCAUGCGAUUCAAGUAAGAGGUUUACGUCUGGGUAGAGAUAGAAUAUUAUAGUGUGUUAUUCUUGUGUUUCAAGGUUUUUGCUUGUACAGUUUACGGACCACCAUGUCCGCUCAUUAUUAAUACUCAGGGUAUUAAUUAUCACAAAUUUGUUUUGCUGUAUUGUGGUCCAACCAAAUUGGAUUGUUGUGCAAUUUCGCCAUCGCGGGUGAGACAGCAACUGAGUUCAUCCAUUAAUGAGUCAAAUAACGCGGGACUUUUACGAGCCCCGCUCGUAAAACCGCGUCUCUGAGUGAUAAACUGAGAGCUGCUUUCUCUCCCACUAUCGCAAAAUCGGCUUUAGGGCUGUCACUUCUCUCUCUCUCUCUCUCUCUCUCUCUCUCUCUCUUUCUUGUAAUAACCACACUGACACACACACACACUGUCACACACACACCUUAUGUGUUAUAGGAUUAUUUUAUUUCCAUAUCUAAUCAUAUCACUGUUUAGUUUGUAGUUGUAAGUCGGAAGUUUAUUGACUGCAAUGUAUUAAUUAUUAAUUGAUGUUACUGCAUAAAUAAACUUUGUUUAUAUUACAAAGAGAAGUGUUUUGGUUUGUUUUGCAUACGCCUGUGUCAUGCUGACGGGAUGUCAGUGCUCGGAUUCAAGCCUUCAUUCAUUGAUUUUUUUCCCAAAAAUCGUUAUUCUUCGGAUGUCGAUUUUCCUAAGAAAACAAUCUAAUAUUGAGACUGUUUUACUAUUUGGUUAUUAGUCCCUGAUUUCAGGGUGAUGCCCCGUCAAUGUUAAUCCUUAUUAAUAUUCUACUGAUUUUUGAUAAUUGAUAAUUAUCUUUUGAUGAUUAAAUUUGAAUGAUCAAUAAGCUAGUGUUAAUUUUAAUUAAUGUUUCAUCGAUGUUAACAAUUAACGAUUAUCUUUGAUAAUUGUUGAUUUAAAGGAUUUUAAAAAGCUAACAUUGAUUCUCAUCAAUGUUCUAUUGAUUUUAAUAAUUAAUAAUUAUCUUUUGAUAAUUAUUAAUUAUUGCUAAUAACCAAACUUGCUCCUAAACAUAGCACACUACAUUUUGGAGCCCCAUAUGAGGUUUUAAUGAGUUAGAUUCAAUUGAUUAAUUCAAAUAUUAAUUAAUAACUACAGAAAUAAUUAUUAAUUAUUUCUGAUAGUAACACUGAUCUAAACAACCAGUAAAGCCCUACACUGUUAAGGUUUGCAAUUUCACUGACAAAGUGAAGAUUCGGGUGUCCAGAGCACGAGAGAUGUUUUCGUGACCCUGAAGAGAAAUAUUCUGAUGAAAUGGCGCUGUGCUCCAGUUUAUAUUCCUGCGAUAACACGCACAUCAGGGGCAGAGUGUCAUGUGUUUUGCUUUUUAUGAUAACUUGAUCUCUCUCUAUCUCCCCUUACAU